ACUCUCACACUGCGCGAUCUGAACACUCACCGCGUCGGAAUGGUAAAGUUUUUUGACACUUUUUUAAUGGAUUUGUAGUUGUAGUGCUUGGUGUGUUUACUGGAGUGCGGUAAUAAGCUGCACCUGCGCCCGAUUUGUUUGACUUGAGCUUAUUCAACUUUCGCCUCGAGCGAUUUCCUUUAGAAAUAGGACAAUGAUGUAUAGCAUGAUGGAGCACGAACUUAAAACCCAGGCCGGGCCACAAAAUCCUCAUUCAAACGGACAGAUCAUGUCCACGCACGCCGGCUCUGGGAAUGUCACAGGGGCUCAGAAAAACGCACCGUGCGCGCCCGGAGUUGAUCCCAUGGACAAAGUAAAGCGGCCUAUGAAUGCGUUUAUGGUGUGGUCCCGGGCUCAGAGGCGCAAGAUGGCCCAGGAGAACCCGAAGAUGCACAACUCCGAAAUCAGUAAGCGUUUGGGCGCCGAGUGGAAGCUGCUGACAGACGCCGAGAAGCGGCCGUUUAUUGACGAAGCAAAGCGGCUGCGCGCAGCGCACAUGAAGGAGUACCCCGACUACAAGUACAAGCCCCGGCGCAAGACCAAACCCCCGAUGAAGAAGGACAACCCCGCCGCCAAAUACCCACCGCUCCCGGGAGGCAGCCUGCUGGCCGCCGCGCACGCGCAAAGCGGGAGUCCGCGAGUGGACAGCUACGGCUGGGGUCCUGCUGGAGGUUACGCGGCUGUACAAGGGGACGCGCUCGCCUACCAACAGCAGCUGCACCGCUACGAACUGCCGCUCCAGUACGCGACACCCAUGUCCCAGAGCUACAUGAGUAGUGCAAACUCUUACAGCCCGAUGUCGUACAGCAGCAGUCCUCAGCAACCCAGCCCAGUAAUGUCUAUGGUCAAGCCAGACGCCUUUACUCACUCGCCUACUGGAGCUACAAACCACCACCGCGGGGCUGUUCAAGGCGACCUUAGGGACAUGAUCAGCAUGUACAUUCCUGGUGGUGAUGUAGGGGACCCUGCAGCCCAGAGAGGUUACCCCAGUGUCCAGCAACACUACCUGGGGAGUACUGUGCCCCUUACUCACAUAUGAUGUGGGUGAAAAGAAAUGACUGGGAAUAGCUCACUGUGUAGACUUGUUGCAGAACAUGUACUCUGUAUGGAUUCUUGGUGGAUGUCCUGAGCACCUGUUGCACAUAGGAACAUUUUCUACCUCUCUAAGUGAUCUUGUCCCUUCCCCUCCCUUUUUGUUGUAGGUUUGUUUGCUCCCCUUCUCUCCUUUCCAUAUUGCUACUUUUCUUUCUGCCCAGAAUUUCACCAUCAAUGCAUGUUACCAAGUCUAUCCACAAGAAUCAUCCCAGGAAAGAUGGGUAUUUCAUGUUGGUGCGAUUCAAUCUUUUAUGUUUACACAUUUUGAAAACACCAGGAUUUUAUUGUAGGACAUUCCCACAAGUGACCAGGAUCACAGAAUUCAAUGUGCCUUUGUGCUGUGCUUUUAACUAGGAUUAAGACUAUACAUACAGUAAUGGGCAAUCACAAUGGGGAAAAAAUAUUUGCAUGUAGAAUGAAAGACUGGCACACUGAAAGCAUGUCAGCCAAUUACCAUCAUGAUGGUCAGUGAUGUAGAAAUUAUUUGAACUAUGAAGCAUGUGUAAGCUAGCUUUGCUAUCUUGGUGCCUUUAACAUUAACGAUGCAAUUUUAAUCAG